AUGCGACCCCAGUCCGGCGAGCUGCUCGGCUUCAUCGCCCUCUUCCUGGUCACCUGGCUCGGGUUUUUGGUGCUCGACAAAGGCGCCAAGCUACCCGAGCUCCCCGACGAGUUCCCGCCCACCCUGCUCCCACCCUUCCCUUCGAAGCCAACGACGUCAUCUACCACCGAGUCGACUACCGAGUCGACCACCGAGUCGACCACGCAGUCCACCACGACCGAGACGACGUCCGAAACCACGACUAAGGAGACGACCACGACCGAGUCGACCACCAAGCCGACAACGACCUCUACGCCUCCUCCUCCACACCCACCGAGCACCACCUACCCGCCGAAGCCGCCACCGUCGCCAUCUGGCGCCCCGGAACCGCCGAAGCCGCUCGGCUACUGUGUGUCGGAGGGGUGCACCAAGGCGGCCGGGCAGCUGGAAAACCCGAUCCCAUUCGGCAAGUCUGCGUGGGACCGGUUCGCCAAGUUGGGGGAUCAGCAGCAGCACGAGUUGAAAGAAUUCUUCAAAAGCGGCCGCAAUUGGUCUUCUCUAACCCGAAGCGACCGGAUGGCGCUCGACCUCCACAAGCUGUGCAUCUACGCCGAGCGGGAUAACACCAAGAUCAUCCAUGGAUGGUUCGAGGCCCUCGGCGGCCUCCCCUUCAGCCCAGACACCCAGCGCCCGACCAUGCAAAAGUUGAUGGAAAUGCUCGGGCUAGCCGCCCCAUGGACCUACUUCACCAUCAAGUACAAGGUGGACGACCACUGGUACGAGCGCCCCAUCAACGAUCGCCACAUCGACGCGAUCAAUAUCGCCCCAUCCGCCUUUGGAACCGACAAGGUCAUCGAGCAACUGCCGAAGGUCUUCAAGGAGGACAUCCCAAUCCUCGCCAAGGAGAUUGGCCAAACCGUCGACCCGUCCGACAUGACCCUCAAGUUCGACCGGUUCAGAGCCGAGCUGAGCGAGAUUUUCGCCGACCCCACGCAACAAAACUUCAGUAGCAUGGAACCUCUGAAAAAAUGGGCACACCAUGUCGACUUCCUCGAGUACUUCAAGUCGCUCGGCAUGAAGGUGGACCAUACCACGACGCUGGAGGCGAAUAUCAAGGCUUUGGACAAGUUCUUCGUGAUGUUGGACGACCCGGAGAAGAGCCAGAUUGCGCGCGAGGUGCAGGUGCUCUACACGUUCCACAAGCUGCAGCCGAGGAUCUUUGAUGGGAUCUCACGGUUCGAAGACGUCGACGAGCAUUGCCGCAAUUUCAUCACGAAACAGGCCAUGCCGCUGUGGACCCCCGACUUCUUCCGCCGCCACAUCCUCAACGACCGCGACUUCGCCGACGAGAGAGAACUCAUCGAGAACAUCCGCGUCAGCCUCAAAGAGGUCAUCCAGGAGAACAAGUGGAUCGAACCGGCCAGCAAGGAGGGACUUUUGAAAAAGGUGGACACCCUGAAAGUCUACCUCGGGGCCCCCUACGAACUCUACACCGAGGAGCACGUGUACGCGCACUAUAAGAAGCGCCUCCCUCCGUUGCCCUGGCAGCACUAUACGUUCUUCGAGUGGCAAGCCAUCUACUACCAAGAAACCAAGGGCAGGGAGCUGCGGGCCGACUCGGCCAAGGCUUGUCAGCUGGGCGUCAACGCCUUCAACGACCAGGGCAAGCGUUUGGGUCUCGAUCUGGGGCUCCUUGGCUUCCAGGAGGAGAGCUACCCGUUCGUCUUCCGGUACGCCACCCUCGGCUUUUUCCUCGCCCACGAGUUCACGCACACCUUUGAUACCAAUUACAUUGACGAGAAGCUGCUCACCGGCAACGACAAGGAGGAAUUCCACGAGAAGGCCCAAUGCCUCGUCGAUCAGUUUGGGAAUACGGUGGCUGAGGCUGAUGGAGCGAGCCUCAAGCUCAACGGCAGCGUUGUGAUUAACGAGGUUAUGUCCGACAACCUCGCCCUCCGUGCCUCCUACCGGGCGUUCCGCAAAGAGCUAGCCCGCCGCUCCAACGACCACGACAAGUACGCGCUGCCCGGACUCGCCGAGUACACCCCCGACCAGAUCUUCUACCUCGCGAUGGCCAACCCUUGGUGUGGCUCGUACACACAGGAGGGGCUCGAGGCCCGCCAGUAUUUGAGUCACCCACCGAAUAUGGUCCGCAUCACCGGGGCGAUCAAGAACUCGGAGGAGUUUGCCAACGCCUUCAAGUGCAAGAUAGACUCGCCGAUGAACCCGGCGAAGAAGUGCCGCGUAUGGCGCUACAAAAAGCAG